AUGAAGAACCUCAUCGCAGCCACUCUGGUGACAGUUGCCGCUACAGCAACGGCGACUGGCACCUCUGCUCCAGCCUCGGGCCCAACCGGAUCCAGCUAUGCAUCUGGCUUUGAUAUGACCAAGAGCUGGGCCAAUGCCAGCCCCUAUAAGGAUGCCGACAGUUUCGGUGUCCCCAAGGGUGUGCCGCAAGGCUGUGAGCUUUCUCAAGUGCAUGUGCUGCACCGCCAUGCUCAGCGGUUCCCAACAAACUACCCGCUGGACGGCGAGGGAAUGACCGACUUUGCGGCCAAAUUGACCAAUUACAGCAAAGCAAACCCGGACACGACCGUCUCUGUUGGUCCUCUGAAGUUCUUGAAGAACUGGGAGUAUGUGUUGGGCGAGGACACUCUUAUGGAGAAUGGUGCCGCGACCGAGGCAACUUCUGGAGCUGAAUUCUGGAUCAAAUAUGGAAGACUUUUGUACCGCGCUGGGCGCGAAAAUGUCGCUGCUUGGAGCUCGUCCCUGAACGUUUACAGCAAUGGCACCGACCGCCCAAAGCCAGUAUUCCGAACUACUUCCCAAGCUCGCAUCUUAGAAAGUGCCCGUUGGUGGCUCAGUGGCUUCUUUGGAAACAGUGGUGCCAACAGCUCUUACGAUCAAUAUGAUCUCGUCGUGAUCCCCGAAGAAGGCGACUUCAACAACACGCUUGCGUCUUACGAGACCUGCGACGGCGAUUAUCUAGAAGGUGACAACGCUGCUGCUAUCUUCAUUCCCCGAUACACUAAGAAUGCUCGUGCCCGUCUUUCUACCUUCUUCCCUCCUGAUUUCAAUCUGACCACCAUGGAUGUGGUCGCUAUGCAGAACCUCUGCGUGUACGAGUACACCAGUCUCGGUGGCUCGUCUUUCUGUUCUCUCUUCACCGAGCAAGAGUGGAAGGACUUCGCCUACCAGAUCGACGUGCAAUACUACGGAGACUAUGCCUACGGCUCCCCCACUGGCCGCGCUCAAGCGAUACCAGUAUCAACUACACCUACACUGACAAUACCGAUCAAUUCCCCUCUCGGACAGCCCUUCUACAUGGACAUGUCUCAUGACGAUAUCAUCCUGUCCGUGAUCAACGCGCUUGGUCUCGAAUACUUCAACUUCGGACCCAAGGGUCUACCAGUUGACAUUGACCAUGCGCCCGAGCGUAAAUUCUCUCUCAGCCAAAUGACCCCCUUCGGCGCCCGUUUCAUGUCCGAAGUCUGGACUUGCCCAAGUGACACUUCUUUCGAGGCUCUGGACCCUGUUCUCUACAGCAACCCCAACCUUGAGUCCACUGCGAACACUACGGACUACAUCCGAUUCGUGCUUAACAACGCCCCUCUGCCAUUGGAUGGACUGGCUAGCUGCAAGGGUUCUAAGAAUGGUUUCUGCGAGCUCGAGAAGUUCUUGCACGACGUCCCUGCCAUGAAGAACAAAGCACAGUUCCAGAAGGCGUGUUUCGGUAACUACACCAAGGGAAGUCAAGUUGGAGAUGGCGCUCCUGAGUCUUGA